AUGCUCUCCGUGUGUUACGUGACGACGCCGUCGAUGGAGGUGGCGCGGGAACUCUCGCGGCGGCUGGUCGUGGGCAGGAAGGCGGCCUGCGUGAACAUCAUUCCCACCGUGACCUCCGUGUACCAGUGGGAGGGCAGCCUGCAGGAGGAGAGCGAGUGCCUCAUGAUGAUCAAAACACAGACGUCGCGCGUCGAAGAGAUCGUUGCGGAGGUGACGCGUCACCACCCGUACGAAGUGCCGGAGGUGAUCAGCGUGCCGAUGGGGCCCGGAAACGCGGAGUACCUCCAGUGGGUUGCGGCAUCCACAACGCCGAGUUGA